CGUGCAUCUGUGGGGAAUGCGUUGGGAAGAAGGGUGUGCUGUACUGGUUAUCUCUCGCUAUUAAGGAGGUAAUGCUGCAUUUGUCGGCCUGUCAGCCAAAGUUUGGAGCUGAUGGGAGAGGGAGGAACUGCUAGUACUCAUGAAGAGAAACAGACAGAUAGUUUAAUUAAUAACCACUGUCCCGUUUCCCCAUGACCCCAGCCAGUUGCUACAUAGAAUCAGCUUGAUGCUUAUGAUGGCUUUAGAUAUCAAGACACGGCCCAGGAGCGCACAGCAUCUGUUAGAGUAAUAGAAACAGGAUUAACCCCAUCAUUUACUUCCAUCCCGGACUGAGGGAUCUCGGACGCCAAGACUUAACACACAGGCUUCUGAAUGAAUGAGUGGGUGGGCCAUGACGUCAAUGUGGUGGGACCUUUACAGAUCCCACCCAGUGAUGCUUUCCCCCUAUCAGAGAGCUCACACUUUUUUGAUAUUCUGGCAGAGCAGAACAGUCCUUUGCUACAGGACCAGGAGGUCAUGCCCUUCACCAGCUAUCCCAGCAUGCAGUACACCUCGGUGGAACCCUCCAUGUCAUCACCAUCGUACUACUCCAGUCAGCACUGCUACCCACAGUACAGUGGGGAGGAGUGGUACUCUCCAUCCACCGUCUUUGAGAUGAGGAAAGGACCAUUGGAGGGCGGCUUUGAUAAUGAGCUGGACGAGUCUUGCCCUGUUGUCCCGACUGUGUGUAAAAGAUCCAGACAUGCAGCCCACUCCGGAAGGAGCAAAGGCGAGGAACUGUGUGUGGUCUGUGGAGAUAAAGCAUCAGGGUAUCACUACAAUGCACUCACAUGUGAAGGAUGCAAAGGUUUCUUCAGAAGGAGUAUUACAAAGAAUGCUGUAUAUAAAUGUAAGAGUGGAGGAAACUGUGAGAUGGACAUGUACAUGCGCAGGAAAUGCCAAGAGUGUCGACUCAGAAAGUGCAAAGAGAUGGGCAUGCUGGCAGAAUGCUUAUUAACUGAAAUCCAGUGCAAAUCCAAAAGGCUGAGGAAAAACACAAAGGCCUCAUCUGACGAAAGUAUAGGGGAUGAUGUUGGUGAUAGUAGAGAUGCUAAACAAAUUGUAUCUACCACUAAACCCUCCAAGGAGAGUAUAGAACUGACCCAAGACCAAAAGGCUUUAAUAAGUUAUAUAGUUGAUGCUCACAACAAACAUCGCAUCCCUCAGGAUAUGGCGAAAAAACUGCUACAAGAGCAAUUUAACACAGAAGAAAACUUCCUUCUACUGACCGAAAUGGCAACUAGUCACGUUCAAGUGCUGGUUGAGUUCACAAAAAAUAUACCAGGUUUUCAGUCUCUGGAUCAUGAAGAUCAGAUCGCUUUAUUAAAAGGUUCCGCUGUAGAGGCAAUGUUCCUGCGCUCGGCCCAGGUUUUCUCCAAGAAACUGCCCAACGGACAUACAGAGGUGCUAGAGGACAGGAUCAGAAGGAGUGGCAUAUCUGAAGAGUUUAUCACACCCAUGUUUAACUUCUAUAAAAGCAUCGGGGAGCUGCAGAUGAUGCAAGAGGAACAUGCUCUCCUCACUGCUAUCACAAUCCUCUCACCAGACCGACCAUACAUAAAGGACCAGCAGGCAGUGGAGCGUCUGCAGGAGCCCAUGUUGGAGGUGCUGAGGAAGGUCUGUAAACUACAGCACCCCCACGAGCCUCAGCACUUUGCACGGCUUCUCGGUCGUCUGACUGAGCUUCGCACCCUCAACCACCACCACGCAGAAAUGCUGGAAUCAUGGCGCAUGAGCGACCACAAGUUUACCCCCCUCCUCUGUGAGAUCUGGGAUGUUCAGUGACUUGAGUGACUCUUCCACGUUCAGUGGAAGAGAAAAUAUACAAAAAAUGGGCGAUUGAAAGAGAGACUUUUUUUGCUACGGACUUUUACUAAGCUGCCAAAGAGAGGAGUUUACACACUUUUCAGAGAAGUGGACUGUUAAAGUUUGUAAUGUAAAUGUAAUAUAUUGUCAGACUUCAAAUAAAACAGAAAAUAAGAAGAUUUUAAGACAUUAUCAGCUCUUCAAGAAAACAUUGAUGUACACAUUUUGAUAUUUUAACGCCUUUGUAAAUGUUUACCUGGCCUUUGCAACUUGGCACCUUGGUUUGUUUAUCAUCUGCUUAUCUUUAUCUGAGGAUUUUGUGGCUUUUUACAUUUUAUGUCUGUUUGUGUAAUUCAUCUAAAUAUUUUAAGGUUCUCAAAAUCUGUACUGCCUGACCUGUGGUCACUCUUUUCACUUUUCGAGAAUUAUGUAACCAUUCUACUUUUGUGCCUAAAUAUAUGUGUUUAUCUGUAAACUGGUGUUUACCAUUGUGAAAUUAUAAACAGUAUAUUUAGAAUAACAUGCCAAGUACAAGCCCAUUCUGUAUGUGCUAAGCACAAAACCAUGGGCAUUAAAUGAAUAGUUCAAAAAUGAAAAUUUGCUGAAAGAUUAUUCACCUUCAGGUGAUGUAGAUGAGUUUGUUUCAUCAUCUGUACAGAAAUUUAGCAUUACAUCACUUGUUUUAACUGCUGAUAAAAACAUCACAAUAAUCCAUAAGGAAUCCUCACAACUCCAGUCCAUCAUUGAACAUCUUGUCAAGUAGAAAAAAAGGCAUGUUUGUAUGAAAGAAAUCUAUAGCCUAAUUUGGACUUUAAACAGUUGCUUCCAGCUGAAAUACAAGUCAAAUUACUUGUAACUAGAUUAACGUGAUGUUUUUAUCAGCUGUUUAGACUCUCAAAAUCUGUUCCAAUAAAGAAACAAACCUCUACAUCUUGGAAGGCCUGAGUAUUCAGCUGACCAGGAUAUUGUGCAUCUGAAACAAAAGACCUUUGCCAAACUGUAAUCGGUUUGUCCAGAAUGUCAUUGUAUGCCAUAGCAUUAUGCCAUCGUUUGUUGUUAUGCAUUGAUUUGAGUCUGAAUCUGAACAAAUCUUACUAACUUUUGUCACUCAAUUAACUGAUUCAUUCAUUAUAUUUAUUCAUUCAUAUUUGAAUGAAAUUCAGCCCCCCAAAAAAGCUUUGUGAAUUUUUUCAUGUCAUUACAUUGUUUAGAGCAUAAGAAAAAAAUGGAAAAAUAACAUUUUUGAAAAAUUAUAUUUUAUUCUAUGUCCUCUGUAGAGGACACUGGGACUAAAAAUAUAAAAAAUAAAAUGGCAUGAAUAGACAUCAAAAAGGCAAAAACAAUGGGAUUUUUUUUUUAAAUCAAUUUUUAGGUUUCAGGAUUUUUUUAUACUAAACUUUGUUUAAGGAUGAUUCUCAACUAUGUUAUAAAAUAUAUAACAAAAUGAUUUGAUAUACCAUUUUGUUUUAUGCAAUUAUGUGUGUAACAAUUUACAUAAACUGGUUUUCCCAUUAAGCAUAGUGUAUCUAUACACUGUAUAUAAUUUGCAUAUUAAUGUGUUGCAGUUGGGACAGCAUGUUGAAAAAAGAAUUGUCAUAAUGGGAGUAA